AUGCCGGCAGAAGUAGAAGGAGGUGCAGUGCCUGCCUCCAGCCGUGGCUCUUGGACAUCUUUCCUGAAGUCUAUCGCUUCAUUUAAUGGCGACCUAUCCUCCCUAACCGCUCCUGCCUUUAUCCUCUCCUCUCAGUCACUCGUUGAGUUCUCGGCAUACUGGACCGAGAACCAAGAAUUAUGGAUCGCACCAACCCGAGAACCCGACCCGGCAAAACGAGCCCUACUCGUGCUAAGAUGGUUGAUAAACACUUUACAUCAGCAGUAUUGUUCUAGAAGUGAGAAGUACGGCAACGAGAAGAAACCGCUGAAUCCCUUCCUUGGUGAGCUAUUUCUUGGUCACUGGGAGGAAGGAAACCUAGGCCGCACCGAACUCGUUUCCGAGCAAGUCUCACAUCAUCCUCCGGUUACAGCCUACUGCAUCACCAAUGAGAAGAACAGGAUAAAGCUGCAAGGGUACAAUGGUCAAAGAGCGAGUUUUAGCAGAACCAUACACGUCAAGCAAGUUGGCCAUAGUUUAUUGACCCUGUAUCCGCCAGGCAGCAACGAGCCGGAGACUUAUCUCAUCACCUUACCAGCACUCCAUGUCGAGAACCUCAUCUACGGCGCCCCAUUUAUUGAAUGUGAGAAAUACACCCACGUUGUCUCUAGCUCAGGCUACAUCGCCAAAAUUGACUAUGCUGGGAAAGGAUGGCUCAGUGGUAAGAAAAACAGCUUUAACGCGGCGCUGUGGAAAGAGGGCGAUGGCUCUGAGAAGCAUCCCCUCUACUCCCUCGAGGGGCAGUGGAACGACACUUUCGUCAUCAAGGAGGGUGACGGUGGCAAGAGGAACAAAGAGCUUGAAACAGUUUCCGCAAAGACCACUCGUCUCAGCAAACUCAUUCUGCCGCCACUAGAGCAGCAAGAUGUGCUGGAAAGUCGACGAGCCUGGAAUAACGUAGCCAAGUGUAUCGAAAGGGGCGAUCUAGACGGGAUCAGCCUGUACAAAUCGCGAAUUGAGAAUGCUCAACGUGCUCUCCGAAAGAAGGAAGCUGAUGAGCACCGUACAUGGAAGAGAACGUUCUUCUCCCAGCCCGACGAGCAGACUGGCUCGAUCAAGAGCACUGAUCUCCUUGAGAAACACUUCAACAAGCUCGCCAAGGAUCUGACGAGCGGCCAACCGUACUCGAGUGCUUGGGAUGGUGCGGCGCCAGAUAAGACCAAUGGUGUCUGGCGGUACGACGCGGCCAAGGGGAGGAGUGCGCAACGUCCGUUCCACGCUGAUGGGCUAGAGGCGCUGGGAGAGACUGGGAACAAUAUUACUCCUCCAACUGCUACGACGGGUCCGUAA